GCUCCAUUACCAUUAGUGGACUGGUGGUGCUAUUCCAUUUUUUGCUCAUGUUACAGUAUAAAUACCCCUUUAGAAGAGGGGGAUGCUGCAUUAACUAUCAGUGUCAGCAGAAGGAUCUGGGAUUUUGAGAUAAGAGAAAUGGCAGCUGCAUUGAAAUUCAUGUGUGUUAUGGGAUUGAUUGUGCUUGUCAGCAUUGCGGGGCUUGAAAGGGUUGAUGCAAAAGGGGAAUGUGGAAAAUCAUCUCCUGAUAAUGAGGCAAUGAAACUUGUCCCAUGUGCUGAAGCAGCACAAGACGAAAACGCUGCUGUCUCUCCCAGUUGCUGCGCCCAGGUGAGGAAUAUAGGCCAAAUUCCAAGCUGUCUCUGUGCCGUUAUGCUCUCUAACACUGCUAAAUCAUCCGGAAUUAAGCCUGAAAUUGCUAUAACAAUCCCUAAACGUUGCAACAUAGCCAACCGUCCAGUCGGUUACAAGUGUGGAGCUUAUACACUUCCCUGAAGGGAAAAUCUGGGGACUCAUUACUCAUGCUACUAUAAAAGUGCUGGAGCUCACUUGAAUUAUAGUAGAGACUAUGUAGCUUAAGCUUGCCUCUGUACUAAUAAAAGCUUGCAGCUUGUUGAUAUCUAUCUUGAAUAAGAUAAUCAUGCAUGUUUCUGAUUUGUAUUAGUUUUUGAUUGCAUCACCCUUUGAAUUUCAGUUCAUAAAACCAAUAGAGAAGCAACAAAACUUAUUCCAAAGGCAUGAUUCAUUUGAAAACGGUUAACAAAGUCAAAAAUUUUUUUUCAAAAAUCAUGAAGCAACCAUUGAUAAUGCAACAUCAAAAUCCUAAUCAACUUUGAUAAACACGUGGUUGCAGAAUAUUUGUCCUAACCCUUUAAGUGUUCUUUAACGACCAUUCUGAAGCCUUUGUCCCCCCAACUGAUGGAUAGAGACUGCUUUGGUCUAUGGGUCGCAAUUUUGGAUAGGGAAUAACUUGGACUAAAAAUCUUAGGCUCUGAUAAAAGAAAAGAAAGGACAGUUUGGAGACAAACUGUGGUAGCUGGGCCACACUCAAUUGAAGGUUGUUUUGUCUGUUUAUGGCGCGUGGCAAGCUUAGAGGCAAUCUGAGUCAUGGGUUGGGAAGGUGGUGCUUUCAGUAUCUCAUAGACAAAGCGCAAUUGACAUGUACUGUCAGAUUCAUUUUUUUGACUUGCGUAAAGCAACCAAAGGGCUGAAGACAAUAGUCAUUCAAAACUCCUAGUGAAAACUUGGGUUUAUUUUAUGUUUUUGGAUUGUAAAUGAAGGGAUAAAAGAAGCUAAUACAAUCAGGAUAAAAUUUUCUUUAAUCCUUCCUUUUCUGGAAGUUCCAUCUGAGAGAUAAGGAUAACAAGAUGGAGAUUAUCCAGCAAAGUGAUAAAAUUCAAUAAGAGGGAAAAAAGCCAUGGAGGAAGUUUAUCCUUUAUAUUCUAAGGGAUUUUUUUUUUAUUUGCCAUUUCAAAAUAGGCAAAACAGUAAACAUUCCUGUUUUCU